AUGAAUACACUUGACAAACAAUUGGCUGAUUUACGAAUAUAUGCAAAUGAGCUAGAUGCAAAGUUACAGGAUGAUAUUAAUACAACGAAAAGAAAACCGUCUAUUCCACCCAAAAAAUCUAAACCUCCACUGCCGCAAAUACCUCAAAGUUAUUCUGUAAAGUCUGCGUGUGAGCCGUCCUAUUCAUCACGACUGGAAUCUGGAAGCCGUACCAGUUCUACAUACUCAAAUCUGGUACCAGUCAAGAGUUGUAUUGUGAGAAAUUCAGCUAGAGGCAGAAGUGGAGACGUGCUACUAUACAGUAACUUAGUGCCUCCUGGCGGCGUGAGUCAUGUUUAUACUAAUGUGCCAAUACAACGAAAUGCCGAAAACUUUUACGAUAGAGAUGCAAGAUCAGAAGUGUCCAGAAUCAGUGAUGUGGGAAUCCAGUCAAAUUAUAGCGAGUUACGACGCCCUGGAUCCGCUUAUCCACCAUCAUCUGCAUCAGUAAACGCACAAGAUUUUUCUACUUACGGUGGAUCACAGACUUCAUCUACAUAUGAAUCAUUGUAUGAGCCUAUUAAUCCUCGACCCUGCAGCCAACUAUCAGGCACAUCACUGUAUGGAGGUUAUGUUGGUACUACAAUAGAAUCCACCCCAGAACCAGAUGAAGCCUUGUAUUGUGGCAACUGUUAUUGUUGUGGUGAAAAAAUUAUGGGAGAGACAACUGGGUGUACUGCUAUGGAAAGAAUAUAUCACAUUAAAUGCUUUUGUUGCCAGCAGUGUGGAAUCAAUCUACAGGGAAGACCCUUUUAUGCUGUACAAGGAAAAGCUCUCUGUGAAAGAGAUUAUCUGGAGACCCUAGAGAAAUGCUGUGUUUGUGGUGAUCCUAUUUUGGAUCGCAUUCUAAGAGCUACUGGCAAGCCAUACCAUCCUCGCUGCUUCACUUGUGUUGUAUGCCAAAAGAGCUUAGAUGGCAUACCAUUUACUGUGGAUGCAGUUAAUAGAAUUCAUUGCAUUGAAGACUUCCAUAAAAGAUAUGCACCACGCUGUGCGCGCUGUCGGGAGCCCAUUGUUCCAGAAGGUGGAGCAGAAGAAACAGUACGAAUUGUUGCUUUGGACAAGAGUUUUCAUAUUGCAUGCUACUCCUGUGAAGAUUGUGGGUCAUCACUUUGCUCAAGGGAAGAAGGUCGUGGCUGCUAUCCCCUAGAUGAUCACCUAUAUUGUAAGGAAUGUAAUGCUAGACGCAUACAAGAUCUUUCAAGAAAUAUUAACUAG